UCAUACUCAUACAUCAAAAUUGCAAGUUUUUUUGUAGGAGCCAAAAAAACAAGGAAAAUUCCAGCAGAAUUUUUUUACAUCUGUGGAAUAUAACAUAUAAUUUGUAAUUGGCAAUUGAAUAAUAUAGAAAAAAAGUACCGCAAGUGAUAAAGCAAUAACAAUUCUCUGAGAAGAAAAACAAACAAAGAUUAAUAAAACGCAAAAAGAUUAUUCAUCAGUUAUAUUAUAACAAAGAAAGUGUGAUUAACCGUCCUUCAAGGAAUACUUACCACACCAGCAUUAAUUCAUUACAUUCGCAUACUCUCUUCUUUUUAUAUAUAUUUCCAAUUAAAUAAACUCUUCGUUUUUUGAAACAAGUAUUUGUUUCGAUUUCUUCUAUUUCCUGACUUCUACUAUCUCACUGUCUGUGCAUCGACGACGUGGUAAUACAUAAGUUAAUAAAAAAACCAAAAAAAGUGGUAAAGUAAUUUUUUUGUUCCAAUCUAACGGCAAGCAUAAGACGUUAGAUAGUUAAGCAGUAAAUCUCCCCAAAAAACAACAACACAACAAAUUUCAUAAACAAACAAUGGCAACAACACCACGUUCUGGCGGCUCUGCUGGUGGCGGUACAGCUCAACGUCCAAACGGUACAUCGCAAAGUAAAUCAUGCCAAUUCAAAUUGGUAUUACUGGGCGAAUCGGCUGUUGGCAAAUCAUCGUUGGUGUUACGUUUUGUUAAGGGACAAUUUCAUGAAUAUCAGGAGAGUACGAUAGGAGCGGCAUUCCUAACACAGACCAUCUGUAUAGAAGAUACAGUGGUGAAAUUUGAAAUUUGGGAUACUGCAGGACAAGAAAGAUACCACAGCUUAGCUCCCAUGUAUUACAGAGGUGCGCAGGCCGCUAUUGUUGUAUAUGAUAUACAAAAUCAAGACAGUUUUCAACGUGCAAAAACCUGGGUUAAGGAACUGCAUAAACAAGCCUCUCCUAACAUUGUUAUUGCCUUGGCUGGUAAUAAAGCAGAUCUUUCAAAUAUCCGUGUUGUAGAAUAUGAGGAAGCUAAACAGUAUGCUGAAGAAAAUGGUUUGUUAUUCAUGGAGACAUCAGCAAAAACCGGCAUGAAUGUGAAUGACAUUUUCAUGGCAAUUGCCAAGAAAUUACCUAAAAACGAUGGAGCUAAUAAUCAAGGAGCGGGUGCCGGUAGAAGGCUAAAUGAAAAUGAAAACAACCGACAGACGACCAAUUGCUGCAAGUGAUGUCUUUUUGUAG